AUGUCCGGAGACGUGGGCCGGCACCACUCUUCGCUCAAGGUCUCCAUCCGUCCUUUGCAAUCCUCCUUCUUUGCCGGAGAAGACUUUGUCUGCCACAUCACCUUCACAAACACGAAUCCACGCGUACCUCAUACACAGCCGCUCCAACAGUCGGAAUGGGCGCCCUCGACCCCCAUCAAGUCCACGGCAGCUGCAUUUGACUCGCCCCACCGACCUUCUCCGGAUGACAAGCUAGGAGCACGCCGCGUCGUCUCCUCCAUACCCACGCAUUCCAAGUCACGCAGCGUCGAUGUGAGAGCCUUGGGUCGAGAUCAUGACCAAUCUCAAUCUGCUACAGCAGCCUCGUCAGGUUCAGCACGAUCAAACAAGCUCCUUCGGCAACUCAAUGGCGAUGUUCUCCCCGAUCGCAAAAAUUUGAUCGGCAAGAGCUUGCCCUCCGGCUCAACCUCUUCCUCCGUACACCCGUGGUCCGUCUCCAGCACCCUCGCCAGCUCCAAACCCGCGCAUCGAUCCACCAAGUCCACUUCCUUCCCGACUCCACGCAACAGAUCCGAUCUUGGUCUCGGCUAUCCUUCUCGCCCAGAAUCCACCUCCAACAAGCCAUCGCCCGCCCCUGCUCGCACUGAAUCAGAUCGCUUCUCACCCAAUCCUCCUUCAAGAGUCUCCUCCCUUCCUGGCUUGGCUAACAAGAGAACACCCUCCGCUCCUAUUUCGCCACAUCAUUCUCAUUCGCGCAAGAAAUCCGUCGCGCAAGUACAAGCAGAGGAUCUCACAGAAGCUUUCGAGCUCGACUCGCCAUCACCAGCUCCCUCGCCCACCUCCGCCACUCCCAACGCCUGGAUCACAUCCCAAAACGAGCACAAUGCCACUUCAAGCUUUUACGCUGCGGGACGCAACGACUCCAUGGAGAGCGUCUUUCGAGAGUCCAUCACAGAUUGGUCCCAGUCGAAGCGUCGCGCCUCAGUUUCCAGAACACCAAGUCACAGUCCCAUCUAUCCGCCCCCUGACCUCCUGGUUUCAGGCUCCGAAAAGAUUUUGUGGUCCUUUGCCCAGAUCGCAGGCACAAUAGAGAUCGACGAGAGUCUCAUCAAACCCAGCGACUUUGAGAAUCUUAGACGGAGACUUGCCUAUGGUGACUUGACAGGAGCCAAUGCUUCUCCGCACUCUCUGCCUGGCACUCCCAGAAUUCUCGGCGGUGGCGAUCUCGGGCAGACAUCUGAUGGUCAACCAGCUCCUUCCAGUUGGAGCAGCUACUUGCGCAGCCCCUUUGCUUCGCGCUCACAACUGCAUCGUCGCUCCGGCUCCACCCUUCAAGAUGCUCAGGAUCGCACCCUCCAGAGUCGAAGCAUCCCCACUUUCUCCACGCCGCCCAGCAUCGUUGCCGUCGACCUCAACCUUCUGCCGGGAGAGAGCAAGACUUUCCAGUUCAGGCUUCCUUUGCCAGUCGAUGUACCUCCUUCUUAUCACGGCAAAGCCAUCCGGCUCAAAUACAUUCUCACUCUUGGGACAAACAGGUCAAACCCUUCCGCCGCCUCGACUCGUGCGCAAACGAGUCGACUCAUCUCCAUACCCAUUCGCGUCUACAAUCAUGUUGGUGCAUCCGGCUUUCGCCCCUUCUUCGACCUCAUGAACCCUGUCAUUCUCACCAAGGAGGAGGCUUCGGUCACUGUUGUGGGUCAGGAAGGGGAGGCUUCUAAGUCUGUUACGCAAAAUGACCGAUCCAGGGUGAAGGGGGCAAUCAACACAGGCCCGCAGAUUCAGAGGAAAGACUUGCAGGACUACACCAAGCAGCUGCUCAUCAGCAAGGCGUCUGACGGCGCGUCUUCUCCUCUGCCCGAGAUCGGCUUCUCGAGCGUGACAUCGAUGAGUCAGGCUAGCAGCUCCUGCAAAGCGGCUGUAGAAGCAUUGGCACGAACAUCCAGCAAAGUCACGUACGACAUUUCCAAAGACGGCAAAGUAGCCGCCGUCCUCACGCUCGUCAGAUCUCGCUAUCGACUCGGAGAGACCAUCACUGGCGUCAUCAACAUCAACAACCAGCAAUCGCUCGCACGUAUCGCGCGCAUGAGCGCCACACUCGAAACGUUCGAAGAGGUGCAACCCAGCAUUGCCACGCUGCCUCCGGGUCGACUGCAGCGCGCAACAAAGAUCGUCCAUGCCGAGCAUCACGAGAGCGUCCUCGACAAGGGUAGAGCCAGUUUCAGCCUCUGCAUUCCGAGCGGUGCCUCGCCCGAAUUCGUGACGAGCGGGGUCAAGCUUAAUUGGUUGGUUCGUUUGUCCUUCCUCACCGUAUCCGCCAUCAAGGGUCCAGCUGAUGCCGAGGUGUCAUCGGAGGACGAUGAGAAGCGCCAGAAUAGGCUUCUACCUCCUCCGCAUCUGUUGCCGACUUCGUCCGAUGGAUUUGCACGCUACCAUGUUGGCGUGAGAGCGCUGGACAGCUUGGCUGGAUCAGCCACCGCGCAUGGUGCUCCAGUCGCGAAGGUACUCGCUCAACUCGGUUGUGCGGUAGAGACAAAGCUCGAGACGGUGGAAUGCGCUGUACCCGUAUCGAUCUUGCCCAACAGCACCAGCUACAAGGUCGGAGAUGCUGAGUUCUAUGCUUAG